AUGAACAGAAUAUUCGGACGUGGUAAACCAAAAACUCCUCCUCCGAAUCUUUCGGACUGCAUCGGCAAUGUGGACGCCAGGGCAGAGUCUAUCGAGAAGAAGAUCAGCAGGCUGGACGCAGAACUCUUCAAAUACAAGGAGCAGAUGAAAAAGAUGAGAGACGGACCUUCCAAAAACAUGGUGAAGCAGAAAGCCAUGCGAGUGCUGAAGCAAAAGAGAAUGUAUGAGGGUCAGAAAGAACAGCUGUCUCAACAGUCCUUCAACAUGGAGCAGGCCAACUACACCAUUCAGACGCUGAAGGACACCAAGUCCACAGUGGAGGCCAUGAAGACUGGAGCCAAAGAGAUGAAAAAAGCUUACAAGGAUGUCAAACUCGACCAGAUCGAUGAUCUGCAGGACCAACUGGAGGACAUGAUGGAGGACGCCAGCGAGGUUCAGGAGGCCCUAAGUCGCAGUUACGGCACACCUGAUAUUGAUGAGGAUGAUCUGGAAGCAGAGUUGGAUGCGCUGGGUGACGAAUUGCUGCUGGACGAUGACAGUUCUUACUUGGACGAGGCCUCGGCCGCUCCCUCCAUUCCUGAGGGCAUGCCCGGAGAAAGCAAAACAAACAAGGAUGGCGUCUUGGUGGACGAGUUCGGCCUGCCGCAGAUUCCCGCCACUUAA